CUAGAGACAAUAAAAUAUUGUUUGUUUUUUUUGUCCAGAAAGCACUGAGGCACUGUUUUGUAAAGUCAUGCUAAGCUAAGCUAAGCUAAGUUAAGUUACGCUAAGCUGCGCGAGCCACCAUUUCGCUUUGUUUACUUCCGGUAUGGCGCUGAUGAAAUGAUAUGAAACCUCGCCAGGGUAAAAGGACGUGUGUAGCAGAAGUGAAACGCAUUUCGAGUGAAAUAAGCAGGAGUCAGGAGCUGGAAGGAGCCACAGCAGACUGCUUUAAACUCUGUGCGACACUGAGAGGAGUUUCAGCCUGACACACGAUGCGUACCAGACAGCGAGGAUUUAAUCUUGGCCUGCUCUUGCUGGCGUCUCAGGUGUUCCAGAUCGGCACGGACAACAUCCCUCCUGCUACACUAGUGACGCUCGGCCUUAAUGUCUACCUCUUCCUGUUUCCUGUCAAGCCCCUCUUACAGACGUGUGUGAGCGUACAGUAUGCAUACUGGGAUGGAGACUGGCAUCGUCUCCUGUUCUCUCCUCUUCACCACGUCGAUGAUUGGCACCUCUACUUCAACAUGGUCUCCUUCCUCUGGAAAGGCAUCAACCUGGAGCGCAGGCUCGGCACCGCCUGGUUCACCUACCUCCUGUCCGUCUUCUCUCUGCUUACCGGAUUGGUCUAUCUGCUCCUGGAGGCGGGGCUAACGGAGCUCAUGGACGAUUCCUCCUUCAGCAUGCAGUGCGCCGUAGGGUUUUCGGGAGUUCUCUUCGGGCUGAAAGUUGUGAACAAUUAUUAUAACCCGGGCGGGGUCAAAUACAUCAUGGGGUUUCCUGUAGCCAAACGCUAUGCCUGCUGGGUGGAGCUAAUCCUCAUUCACAUCCUGAACCCAGGGACGUCGUUUGUUGGGCACCUGUCUGGUAUUUUGGUGGGGCUUCUCUACACUACUGGUCCCCUCAGAACACUUAUGAAAAUGUGUGCAGGUUUUGUAAGUGGUAAUGGAAACUAUGGCAGGCCUCGCACGUACUAUAACUCGUCAGGUUACAGUGGAUAUGGAAUGCCCUACACGCCAAACAGCUCUCCCUACGACAGGCAGGGUCUCUAUAACAGAGUCGAUCCAUCGGCACCCCCUCAGCACCCUUAUACGGCUGGUCUUUCGGAGAGGGAGCAGUUCGAGGCAGCCAUUAGGGCCAGCCUGCAAGACCAAGGCCGUAUGGAAGACUGACCAAGUGUGUAAAUGUGUGUCCUGCAGGACGGCGUGCCCACCGCAGACCACUGUAUGGGUUCAAUGCCAACUUGCCCAACUUGGAGGAAAUACGUCAGCGCCGACUUCAGAGGUUUGACAGUUAAAAUAAAUAAGUGAAAACCUUUUAAAGCUUUUAACCUUUAAAGAUAAAUGUUUACAGCAACCUUUCAGAAGGACAGGAGGGUUCUCUCAGGAUCGCUAAUGUUUCACUGAUAGAUGCUAAAAAUUCUGUUUACAGUAUCAGAGUAUGUAACAAUAUUCUUACAAUGCAAUGUAUUACUUACUUUUCUUUAUGCCGUGUCACAUAUCACUUUCACUUGCACUUUCGGACUAGUAAGACUUUAUAAUUGAAAAUCCUUUAAAGAUGUUUCUGUCUAGAAACCUGGCCUUUAUUCACCUAUGCUAUGAAGUUAAGUGGCUUUUAUAAGUUUUGUUUAUAUGCACUCAUAUAAGCCAUUGUAAAUGAUUGUAGAUAAACAUUAUGUUUAUCUCUUGUGAGUCUUAAUACUUUGCACUAUGAAGUGUAAGAUAUCUCCAAAGUCUUGGCUAAACUGUUUUGCUGGCUGUCUUCUUUCUCAAUGAAAGUUUAUUUUUGUAAAUAAAUCCUACAUUUUGAGAUGUACCUUAA